AUGGAUCCAACAGCGAAGAAGCCGGUCGCUGAGAAGAAGUCGGCCGCUGAGAAGAAGGCAGCCCCUGAGAAGAAGCCGGUCGCUGACAAGAAGUCCGCCGCUGAGAAGAAGGCAGCCCCUGAGAAGAAGAAAAAGGCCAAGAAGGGAACCAAGUCUUACAAGACCUACAUCUUCAAGGUCUUGAAGCAGGACUGCCCCAACAUUGGCGUAUCCACCAAGGCGAUGAGCAUAAUGAACUCAUUCGUCAAUGAUGUAUUUGAGAAGAUCGCUCAGGAGGCAUCUCGCCUCUAUCGCUAUAACAAGAAGCCGACCAUUACGUCCAGGGAGAUCCAGACCUCUGUUCGACUUGUUUUGCCCGGGGAGAUUGCUAAGCAUGCUGUUUCUGAAGGCACCAAGGCAGUUUCCAAAUUCACAAGUUCAUAGACUCGGUUCUUCUAUCUCUCUUCGCUCUUUUUUUUGUUGGUCUGUUAAGGUUAGGGCUAAGUUUGAAUUCCU